UGAACACGAGGUGCCUUCCACCUCAGGGUUCCAGACCCUCCGCACAUUUGCAAAGCUUGGGUGGCACCGUCCGAGCCCAACGCCAAUGCGCAAACCAAGAAUUGUCUCCCUGGCAACCAGGCUCCGGCGGCUACCCAACCGCGGGUUUCCGCCAGCCGCUUCUGCGCACGCGCAAGACCUCCUCCUUCACUCCCUCCCUCCCACCUCUCUCCUCCCCGCCCCUUCCGUGUCUCCCGGACGCGUUUCUCACGGACUUGGCCCGCGGAACGUUCCGUAGCCGGAGGUGUGACUUACCCGGAAAUGUAUAAGGAGCUUCGGUUGCGAUUGGUUCACACCUCGCGCUCCCGGAAGUGGGUGGGCGUGGCGCCAAGGCUGAAGCGGGAAGUGUGCCGUACGGCCCCGGGGAAGCCGAGGGUCGGCAUGCCUCGUUACGCGCAGCUGGUCAUGGGCCCCGCCGGCAGCGGGAAGAGCACUUACUGUGCCACCAUGGUCCAGCACUGUGAAGCCCUUAACCGGUCCGUCCAGGUUGUCAACCUAGAUCCGGCAGCCGAACACUUCAGCUACCCAGUGAUGGCUGACAUUCGGGAACUGAUUGAGGUGGACGAUGUGAUGGAGGAUGAUUCUUUGCGGUUCGGUCCCAAUGGAGGGCUGGUGUUUUGCAUGGAGUACUUUGCCAAUAAUUUUGACUGGCUGGAGAACUGUCUUGGCCACGUAGAGGAUGACUACAUCCUUUUUGACUGUCCAGGUCAGAUCGAGUUGUACACUCACUUGCCUGUGAUGAAGCAGCUGGUGCAGCAGCUGGAACAGUGGGAGUUCCGAGUCUGUGGAGUUUUUCUUGUUGAUUCUCAGUUCAUGGUGGAGUCAUUCAAGUUUAUAUCCGGCAUCUUGGCAGCCCUGAGUGCCAUGAUCUCUCUAGAAAUUCCGCAAAUUAACAUCAUGACAAAAAUGGAUCUGCUGAGUAAGAAAGCUAAAAAGGAAAUUGAGAAGUUUCUAGAUCCAGACAUGUAUUCUUUGCUAGAAGAUUCUACAAGUGACUUGAGAAGCAAAAAAUUCAAAAAAUUGACUAAUGCUAUAUGUGGACUGAUAGACGACUACAGCAUGGUUCGAUUUUUACCGUACGAUCAGUCAGAUGAAGAAAGCAUGAACAUUGUGUUACAGCAUAUUGAUUUUGCCAUUCAGUAUGGUGAAGACUUGGAAUUUAAGGAGCCUAAGGAACAUGACGUUGAGUCUGCCUCUUUGUUUGAUGAAUAUUUUCAAGAACGCCAGAAUGAAUGAAGAGUUUGCUAAAACCUAACUCUGAUGUGUGAAGAACUGGUCAGAUGGGCAGACAUUCUUCUCCUUGAAGGAUACAGUAGUAGAAAGCUAUUUAUUUUCAUGGAAAAAAUGGUGCAGCAGCAUGCCUGAGUCAGGUUCUGAAACUGCUGCCGUGUAAAGUGGAACCUGUUAGUAUUAUUUUCACAGCAUCAAGUUAGAUUAAAAGUCAGAUGGGGGCCAGUGUUGCGGGACGGCAGGUUAAGCUGCUGCCUGUGAUGGUGGCAUCCUGUGUGAGCACUGAUUCAAAUCCCGGCUGCUCCACUUCUGAUCCAGCUCCCUGCUGAUGCACCUGGGAAAGCAGCGGAGGAUAGGCCAAAGUUUUUCCGGCCCCUGCCGCCCACAUAGGAGACCUGGAUGGAGUUCCAGGCCCCUAGCUUUGCCCUGCCCCAACUCAGGUGUUGCUGCCAUUUGGGGACUGAACCAGCAGAUGGAAGAUUGUCUCCCCCCCCCCCCCCCCGUUUGUCUCUGUAACUCUCUUACAAAUAAAUACAUAAAUCUUUAAUAAAUUAAUAAAAGUAAAUUGAAACCAAUGCACAUCGAUUUGUAUAUGAUGUAAAUUAGCAUCUGUGCUACAGUUAAGACCAAUCUAACUGAAGGGCAGGAAUGACAUGGGAAGAUGCAUGUAAGUGUGUUCUAAAGGGGAAGAAUGAUCUGGAAGGAUGUAGGUAAGACUGUUGCUUAUCUUUAUCCUCCUGGUUUCUUACAUUGAGAAUGUAGACGUGAGGUUUGUAGUCUCUGAGCACUUAAAAAACUUAGGCGUUGCUUGGGCAAUAACUAAUGCACGCACACAAAAAUGUAAAAAGCAUAAUUUUCUCGCCACAUUGAAUUGUUUGCUUUCAGUAUUUCUGAACUUCCUUGUGUUGCGUGCAAAAGCAGCCCCUUGGGAGUGGCCAGUCAGCCUGCUGCAGGCCAGGCCCCAGGAAAGCAAGUCUGAAUCAUUUGUUAGUUGAUGCCAGGCAUUGUGCUAAGAAGUGUUUUACAUAAUUCUUCCAUUGACUCAGAACAGGCCCAGGCUGUAUCCAUCAUUUGGUGACAGAUCUUUCAGCUGAUACAAAUUAAGGAAACCUGCAACUUCGGUUAAAUUUUUAAUCAUUCUUGGACCUAGAUGGCAGAAGUACACUUGCAUUGUUAAAUCUGAUCCAUUCUAACUGAAGAAGCAAAACGUGUGGGGCUCUAGGUGUCUGUGGCAGCUUGAUGUGCGGGGCUGGGACUGGGGGAGGAGUCAGGUGUCGGCAGCAAGCUUUGAGGGGUGAGCUGCCCUCACAAAGCCGAGCCAUCGCGGGGGUGUGGUGUGUGGGGCUGCUUGGGGGCGUUCCUGUGGCCCCGGGAGUGUGGAAGGGGUGCAGACACCCUGGUCUCCCAAACUGCUAAUCCCCCGCCCCAGUCCCAGCUGAAACAAAUUUAUUUCUCACAGUCCUGGAGGCUGGAAGUUUGAGAUCAAAGCGUUAGCCUUGGUUUCUUGGGAGGCCUCUUACAGACAGCCGUCUUCCUGUGACCUAGCGUCUUGCCUCCAUACGUCCCAGUGUUGCUGAUCUUAGAGCCUGUUGCCACACAGGAGAAGAAGAAGAAAAGAGGCGCAUUUUGACUGCCCGCGGGCUGCACGCCCUUCGUUUAGCUUCUAGAAUCUGGUAUGUGCUGUGGGCACGCUGGGAAGGGCCACAUUCCGCUGCCUCACCCUCUGCCCACUGAGCUGCGAAGAUGAACCUGACAGUUCAGUCCUGGGGUUUCACCGCCUCCCGGUGAGCCUGAUGUGACUUCCCACAAACGUACAGCGGUUUGUGGGUGCCAGGCCCCGGGGGUAGAAGGAGGCGGCUCAGGGCUGAUGGCCUGGUGGGUGAGACCAGGAACAAUGAAACUUGUGCUGAGGGACAGGAAGAAAACCGAGUGAAAUGGAGAGUGACUAAGGGGUGCUUGGCCUCUCCUCAGUGGAGAAAUCACGUUGGGCCGCGGGGCAGGGUUCUUCAGUAUGGGAGACUGGCAGGAGAAAUGGGCUUUUCCCAUGAACGGGUGAGACAAACCCGAGCUGUCCGCACGCUCCCGGCUUGUACACUCGGCGCUUUCGGCUCCUUGCAUCCUCCCAAAGCUUACACGGUAAGUACUGCUGCCUCCGUUUGCAAGUGGAAAUCACACAGAUCGCAGAUGUUGGAAACAGGACCAAAACCCACUGUCCACUUCUUCAGCCGCUGCGCGAAGAAUCGCAGUGCAGAGUGACAUGCAAAUCCCUUCUCUCCUGUGUCCGGGUCCCCCAUUUGUAAAAGCCGUGAUUUGGGCCGGCACCGCGGCUCACUAGGCUAAUCCUCCGCCUUGCGGCGCCGGCACACCGGGUUCUAGACCCGGUCGGGGCGCCGGAUUCUGUCCCGGUUGCCCCUCUUCCAGGCCAGCUCUCUACUGUGGCCAGGGAGUGCAGUGGAGGAUGGCCCAAGUGCUUGGGCCCUGCACCCCAUGGGAGACCAGGAUAAGUACCUGGCUCCUGCCAUCGGAUCAGCGCGGUGCGCCGACUGUAGCAGCCAUUGGAGGGUGAACCAACGGCAAAGGAAGACCUUUCUCUCUGUCUCAGUGUCCACUCUGCCUGUAAAAAAAAAAAAAAAAAAAAAAAAGCCGUGAUUUGGCUUCAUUCAUUUGCUCGACACAGUCCUUGGAGACACAGUCCUUGGAGGCUUGCUCCAUACCCUGACUGUAGGCGCAGGGGAUACAGCAGUGAGCCGAGCAAAAAACCCUCCCUUUCUGUACCAAAAGUAAGGGGAUCCUAAGAACUAAGGGAAAAGCGAGAGAGGCAGGGAGGUGGAGUGUGAUCAGGGAAUGCUCCACUGGAAAGAUGAGCUUUAAGGAAAAACAGGAUGCGACUAUCAAAUUCUGUUACCAAGAUCCACGCAUGCGCGACACGCAGAUCCGCUGCCUAGUGCUCGGGCGCCCUCUAGCGCCUCUUCAGGAGCGCGCAGCCACGGCCACCUGCGGAGGGAUUGGGAGGCCGGAAGUUCCUUGUUCUGCCUUUGCCCGCCCCUUCCGGCUCACUUCCGCCUACCGCGCCCUGGUUCCCACUCCGGAAGCGCCGCGCUCUAACCCGGACCUGCACCUCUCGGUUGAAACCCCGGGGCUGCCAAGAUGCCGGCGUAUCACUCUUCCCUCAUGGACCCUGACACCAAGCUCAUCGGAAACAUGGCACUGUUACCUAUCAGAAGUCAGUUCAAAGGCCCUGCCCCUAGAGAGAUUCUUUCAGAUGAGUCGAAUGCUGCUCCCUCGGAGGACUGCCGUGUGUCCGUGCUUCCCAGGCCGCAGCAGUGGUUUAACCUCGUCCUCGGGGAAGGCUGCUCCGGGAUCUUCGCUUUCAGCAGAGCAUCAGCCUGAAUCCUAAGCGCACUGCACAGCAUGACUGCUUGCUUCUCCCUUCUGAGUUCCAUUUCCUUGCGUUCCCUCUUGCACUUUGCCUGGCGAAACAUUUUUCACUGUUCAGAAAGCCCGGUCCUUUGGCAGUCGCUGCGGGAGAUUCUUUCUGGCGCAUUCGGAGACGUUCUGCCAGCGGUGUAAUUUGUUUUACAUUAGACCCAGAAAGGUCUGCAGCGAGUUCCGUUCGCGGUUUCCAGGACCCCGGUUAGAAGUAGCGGUUUUGUACGGGUUCCAUUGCCGCUUCUCUGCCAGAGUAUUUGACUUGACCUCUUCCUAAUUUAAUUUUGUUGUCGACACCAGUUGAAAGCUCAAUAAACUUAAUAAAUUUGGUGAGACACCGCA